AGUCCCAGAUCUCAGCAACGGUUGGCUUGGUCACUCAUACCCGUUGGACGUUGCAACCUGCCAUGCAUCUUCGCUCCGCCGCCCUGCUUAUCUUUCUGUGCUGUCUCGCGUUACGAGGGGCGCGGUCACUAAAGGGCCAGGUUCAGCUGACGCCAAAUACGGCGAGACAGGUUGAAGGCGGGGAGCUGGUUCUGAACUGUACCGUCGAUUUUCCCGGAGCUAUGAGCUUCACUUGGGAGAAAGAUGAGCUGGCGAUUCCACAGGGCGCGCCGAUGUACCGCAACAGAAUGGAGGAGAGGCACCAAACCAUUGACAAAAAGCAGGUGUCAUCCCUGCGCAUCGCGAAACUCACCGAGUGCGAUUCUGGGACCUAUCACUGCAAAGUGGACAACAUGGGAACAGUUAUGAAGAGCUAUGGGACCAAAGUGGCCGUAACGCGCGCCUCUCAGACGGCUUCGUGCCAACCCAUCAACAUGAUAUUCAUUGGAGUAUCUGCUGGAGUAGGGGCUGCACUGGUCAUCGCAUUGGUUAUUGUGUCACUGCGGCUUCGGAGAAGCAUUAAAGGUACGGUCGUAGAGUCAUCCAGUGAUACAGUGUGGAAACAGGCCCUUCAGCCCAAAUUGCCCAUACUGGCCAACAUUCCCCAUCUACACUCUAGUCCCACCUGCCCGCUUUGGCCCAUAUCCCUGUAAACCCUCUAUCAUAGAUUCAUAGAGUGAUACAGUGAUUCAGUGUGGAAACAGGCCCUUCGGCCCAACUUACCCAUACCGGCAGCUACACUAGUCCCACCUGCCUGCGUUUGGCCCAUAUCCCUCUAAACCCUCUAUCAUAGAUUCAUAGACUGAUACAGCGUGGAAACAGGCCCUUCAGCCCAACUUAACCCAUACCGGCAGCUACACUAGUCCCACCUGCCUGCGUUUGGCCCAUAUCCCUGUAAACCCUAUAUCAUAGAUUCAUAGAGUGAUACAGCGUGGAAACAGGCCCUUCAGCCCAGCCUGCCCAUACCAGCAGCUGCACUAGUCCCACCUGCCCGCGUUUGGCCCAUAUCCCUGUAAACCCUAUAUCAUAGAUUCAUAGUCAUACAGUGAUUCAGUGUGGAAACAGGCCCUUCAGCCAAACUUGCCCUCACUGGCCAACAUUCCCCAUCUACACGAGUCCCACCUGCCUGCAUUUGGCCCAUAUCCCUCUAAACUCUCUACCAUAGUCAUAGUGAUACCGUGUGGAAACAGGCCAUUCGGCCCUACUUGCCCACACCGGUCAACAAUCCCGGCUGACUGAUGAAGGCCAAUGUACCGAAAGCAAUUUUUGACCACCCGUUCUACCUGCAAUGCCACUUUCAAGGAACUAUGCACCUCAACUCCGAGAUCCCUCUGAUGUACAACACUCCCCAGAGCCCUACCGUUCGCCAUGUAGGUCUUGCCCAUGUUA